GCGACCGGCGUGAGCUCCGCGCCAAGGCGAAGGAGAUGCUGGCGAGGCGGCAGCGCGAUCCCCUCCAGUCCCUGCAGCGUCGCAAUCGGGAGCUGAAGCAGCAGGUUGAUGAUUUGCUUUCUGAGAGUCGAUUGAAAGGAGCUCUAGAAGCCAGUAAAAGGCGAGAUAUUUACCAAAGAUGUAUCCAAUUAAAACAGGCAAUAGAUGAAAAUAAAAAUGCUCUUCAAAAAUUAAGCAAAGCUGAUGAACCUGCCCCUGUUGGGAGUUACAAUCAGAAGAAAGAGGAGGAACACAAUCUUUUGGAUAAGCUUACCCACCAACUGCAGGAACUUGCUGUGUCCAUAAGUAGAGAAAAUGUCGCUGAAAUUAUUUUUUGCAGAACUGGGGCGCUUACUGAAGGAGAGGAUGAUGACAAUUCUGCUGAAGAAGAUGAAGAAGAAGAAGAAGAAGAAGAUGAUGAUGAUGAUGAUGAUGAUGACGAUGAUGAUGAUGAUGAUGAAGAGGCCACAAGUGGAGAAUACAUUGCUGUUGGAGAUUUUACAGCUCAGCAAGUCGGAGACCUUACAUUUAAGAAAGGGGAAAUUCUCCUUAUAAUUGAAAAAAACCCUGAUGGUUGGUGGAUGGCUAAGAAUGCCAAAGGAAACAAAGGUCUUAUUCCCAGAACGUACUUGGAGCCCUAUAAUAAAGAAGAAGGCCAGGAGUCUAGUGAAGAAGGCAGUGAAGAAGACCUAGAGGUAGGGGGUGAAACGGCAGAAGGAACAGAAGUUAAACAAAGAACCGAUUCUCAUUGGAGUGCUGUCCGAAAAGCCAUCUCAGAGCAGAUUAACACUGUCGACGUAUUGACCACGAUGGGAGCUAUUCCUGCUGGGUUCAGGCCUUCCACCCUCUUCCAGCUUCUGGAGGAAGGCAAUCAAUUUCGAGCAAGUUACUUCUUACAACCAGAGCUCACUACUUCACAACUGGCCUUCAGAGAUCUAAUGUGGGAUGCUAAAACGGGCUCUAUUAGGUCAAGACCAAGUCGUGUUUCCUUGAUUCUGACCCUCUGGAGCUGUAAGAUGAUUCCUCUUCCAGGAGUGAGCAUCCAGGUUCUGAGCAGACACGUGCGCUUCUGUCUGUUUGACGGCAAUAAGGUUCUGAGCAACAUUCAUACAGUCAGGGCCACGUGGCAACCUAAGAAACCCAAAACAUGGACCUUUUCUCCCCAGGUUACUGGCAUCUUGCCCUGCUUGCUUGAUGGUGACUGUUUCAUCAGGUCCAAUUCUUCUUCUCCAGAUCUUGGAAUAUUAUUUGAACUUGGAAUUUCUUAUAUUCGCAAUUCAACUGGUGAGAGAGGAGAAUUAAGUUGUGGCUGGGUGUUUCUUAAACUUUUUGAUGCCAGUGGAAUUCCUAUUCCAGCAAAAACUUAUGAACUCUUCUUGAAUGGAGGCACCCCUUAUGAAAAAGGUGUUGAAGUGGACCCUUCAGUAUCCAGAAGAGCACAUGGUAGUGUUUUCCAUCAGAUGAUGACAGUGAGAAGGCAGCCUCAGCUUCUAGUAAAACUGAGAUCUUUGAACAGAAGAUCAAGGAACAUGCUAAGUCUACUGCCGGAAACAUUAAUUGGAAGUAUGUGCUCCGUUCAUUUGUUGAUAUUUUAUCGCCAGAUUCUUGGAGACGUGCUCCUGAAAGACAGGAUGAGCAUGCACAGUGCUGAUUUAAUCAGUAAUCCAGUGCUGGCCACCUUCCCCAAGCUCUUGGAGCAGCCUGACAUCAUGGAUGCACUCAGGGGACUCCGGACAGCACAGAGCCGUGGAGAAGCACAUGCGCAGGAGGGAGGGGAGCUGUGUUGGGAGAGUUCCUGGGCUGAGAAAGAGAGUACAUUAAAAAGAUCAGAGAAGAGAGACAAGGAGCUCCUGAAGGCCGUGUUCCUCCUGGUUUACCACGACUGCGCGCUCCCCCUCCUCCACUCCGCGCUCCUGCCCCCGUUCAGGUGGGCAGAGGAGGAGACCGAGGCUGCCCGAUGGAAGGUCAUCGCCGACUUCCUCAAGCAAAACCGAGAAAACGAGGGCGCCCUCCAGGCUCUGCUGUCGCCAGCGGGGCUCCAUGAGCCUUUUGACAUUUCAGAGCAGACCUAUGACUUCUUGGGUGAAAUAAGAAAGAUCGCCGCCUGACAGCGGUGCCCCUUGACCUUCCACUUCCCGCUGAAUCUGAUAGACCCUCCAUGACAACCUGCAUCGCAUGACAGAACCAGAAGUAACUGUCCCAUCAUAACUUAGGCUUUAUUCUUUUUUGUCCAGGCCACAUUCUAUAAGAAAUAUUUAUCUGGUAAUUUGAAUAUGUGUUAAUACAAUGAAGUAAAUUUUUAUAAGAAAUACUAUUAUAUCUAAAUUUAAAGAAUUUAUUUUCAAAAACCAACUAACAAAUUUUUGUUUUGUUUUUCUUUUUUAUUGAGUAGAGUUGAUUUACCAUAUUAUGAAAGUUUCAGGUGUACAACGUAGUGAUUAACAAUUUUUAAAGAUUAUACUCCAUUUAAAGUUAUUAAUACUGGCUAUAUUCCCUGUGCUAUACAAUAUAUCCUUGUAGCUUAUUUAUUUUAUACUUAAUAGUUGUGCCUCUUAAUCCCCUGCCCCUAUCUUGCCUCUCCCCACUGGUAACCACUAAUUUGUUCUCUAUAUCUGUGAGUCUGUUUCUUUUUUUCUUAUUGAAGUAUAGUUGAUUUACAAUGUUGUGUUAAUUUCUUCUGUAUAGCAAAGUGACUCAGUUAUACACUCUUUUUUAUAUUCUUUUCCAUUAUGGCUUGUCAUAGGAUAUUGGAUAUAGUUCCCUGUGCUAUGCAGUAGGACCUUGUUGUCCGUCCAUUCUGUAUGUAAUACCAAGUAACAAAUUUAAGUUAACUGUAUCUAUAGAUUUGUAUGAAAGCAAGAUUUUAUCAAAAGCUAAAUUUAUGACUAUUCAAGAAAGUGAAAAUAUAAUCCACAGAAUAGGAGAAGAUAUUUGCAAAUGAUAUAUCUGAUAAGAGUCUAGGACCCAGAAUAUAUUAAAUAUACGAUUUUGCUAAUAAACUUUGUGUUGUGAAAU